AUGGACACACAAGGUGCUUGGGACGAUACCAUGACCAAAGCGCAAAGUGCCACCAUUUUCGGCUUGACCGCUUUGCUUUCGUCCAAGCUGAUAUACAAUAUCCAGAACCGAGUGGAGGAAGACAAGUUGGAGAACAUGGAUUACAUUACCACGUUCGCGCAAACCGUUUGCAGUGACCUUCCAGGCAAAGAUGCACCGUUUGGGCACCUGGAGCUGUUGGUGCGAGAUUGGGUGAACUACGAGGAUGGAUUCAACAUUGGUGAAUGCAAGGAACAGAUGCGAGAACAUCUGGAUGAUCAUCUUAGUGAGAAGAAGGUUCCAGAGGAUGCCAAGCCGCGGGUAGAGCGACUCAAGUCCACGUUCCGCAGUAUAGCAGCCUGGGGUCUGCCUCAUCCCGGCCUGAAAGUUACAAAGCCCACAUACACUGGAGAGAUAGAGUCCAUCGACACUGACUUCCUGUACUUGUUGGACAAGUUCAGUGAAGACUUCUUCGGUGGUGGGAAGUUUCCUCAGCCGUCAGCUCCUUUGGGCUGCGAGAUCACCACGACAGGUUUCCAGCAGGUUGUCAUGAACUUUGCCAAGGCGUUCAAAGAAAAUGCGCAGGACAUGGCAAUCGGACUGAGAGAAGCCUUCGUGAAAGUGGAGACAGUGUCAGUGAAAGAGGACUUGCACAAACGCUUCAGGGAGACGCUGAAGAAGUUAGCGCCAGAGUCCAGGGUUCUUGACCCUCAGCAGCUGACGCGAGACUUGGAUGGGCUGCUCUCCAGAAUCAUGGAGGAGUUUAAGCUCAAACUAAAGCCCUGGCGAAUGCCAGCACCGGACGAAGAACAGGCUGUCACAGAUUUUCAGCAGGUGCUUGCUGAGGCUGUGCAGCAGAGAAUCUUAGUGAAUGACCAGCAGUCUUUGCUCUCGAGCAAGACAGAAGGACCGUACCGUCUUUCUCAGGGAGACAUGGAGCUCGGAGCAGCAGGAUAUGCCGCUGCCGGAGCAGCCGCGGCGGGAGGCGUUGGGGUUGGCCUUUUCGGCUACAAUCGUGGCAAUUACAUGAUGGAUCAGAAGCUUCAUUGGUCUCGAUUCAACGCUGGCUUCGGCAUGGCCUGUGCGCAGACAGAUCAGUACAAAGAAGACUUGGUAGAUCUGACAACCCUUACAACAAAUCGAAUGCACGUGUAUGCAGACAUUGCCGGCAUGACAGCCACCAUUCUCACGGCAAUCUUUUGCCCUGGCCGAGUUGGAUUACACACACCUCCACCACCUGGAUGGUACAUGGGCCUCAUGAUGGUGAAUGUUGGUGGUGCUUACAUUUGGCUCGGUCUUACCAUGUGGCUGGCCAUGCAUGCUUGCCUGCGUGCAAAUGCUGCAACUUGCCACAUGCUCACUCGUUUCGUGAGGCUUCCCAUUCCAGCCAACUGGAUGCUGGAUCGUGCCCGAAAGUUCUUGGGAUCAUGGGAGGAGCAGCCGCUGCGCGAGGUGCUGCGAAUUCCCUUCUUGCGGCAUCAGUACCGCAGGUCUGGUGACGACGAGGAGGACUACAACGAGGGCAUCGAAAUCGAUCCCGAUGCUCGACAGCGCACACGUCACGGCCAGGAUGUGCCUGCUUGGUACCGCAAAGAGGUUGCCAUUGACCAAGGUGAGCCUUUCGAAAGCAUGAUGCCAUUGGCUGCACAGGGAACAGCACCAGAGCAUUUCGAAGUCUACCGGGAGAUCCAGAAUGAGUGGUGGCCAUAUGAUGUGUAUGCGCGAAUCAGCAUUUUCCUCGCCUUCAUGCACCUGCUCCAUUGCUGGACAUACCAACACAUGGGGCACCUCUUCGCUGAGAACCGGGCAGUCUUUGCAGCUGGCUUGGUCUGCAUCUCUACAUCUGUGCUGCAGCACAUCCUCCUUACGCUGGACAUCAUGCCGGGCCAGGUGGACUUCCCACUGCAGCGGCUGGGCCCCCUGGCCCAGCUGGUGGCUUGGGUUGGCCUGGCCAUCGAGUACAAGACCUACUACGAUGAAGGCACGGCGGUCAUCGGGUAUGUGCUCGUCUAUGUUACCUAUGCCUUCCAUAUUAUCUACACGGUGCAGCUGAUCCGGAUUUGCGCUCCGGACUUCUCAGCACCUGACCAAGCCGAAGUACCUGCGGGAACUUGGUGGCCCGGGCAGUGGCGGCUUCCGAAGGCUUUCAAGCAUGCAGUUUGGCUGGUGGCUCCUCCCCGACACCUCGAGGCUGGCCAGAAUGACCUGGUGGGUGAGAUGCGCAAGGCGUCGGAGGGUGGCGUGCAGAGCGCCGGACAAGAAGGCCGCCUUACCUACGAUGCCUCCGAGGCGAAGAGACGUGAUGUGCACCGGGCUCUGGGCAAGCAGGGGGAGUCUCCUGCUUGGUUCAAUGUUCGCACUGGUCUCCUAGGGCUGCUGAUUGCUUGGGUCUACUUGGUUGUUGGCUUCACCAUCGAGAUCGCGAACGCACACACCGACCAUCCCUCCAUGCUGAAUGCAUUCGGCCUGCCCAACAACUUGCGUGAUCCGCGCUAUCGUCCUCCAAAGCUUGGCUACUCCGAGCCAACCGAGGUGGGCACUGGCGGGGCGCAUCAUGGUCCAGCCGUGGGCAUCAAAGACCAUGCUCGCCGCCUCUCUGACGUGUCGGCACUUGACCUCCUUGCUGCCGUGCCACGGGAUGAACUUGUGGCGAAGAUUCGGAGUGCGUUGCCUCACCUAGCCGACUUGGCUCAGGGGAAGCGGGCAAGCCGUGGUGCAGCCCCCGCUGCCUCCAUGGUGGAUGUGUCCAUGAUGCCAGCCGUGCAGCCGCAACGGGCACCGUUGCAGUGGCCUGCCAUGUUGCAGCCAAAGAUACUGUGCGGUCACUCCACCGCUCACAAGAUGCUGGCUCUUUCUCACCACGGUCGUGGGUCCAUGAUCCCGAUCUUGAACGGUCGUGCGACUGAGAUGAGCGACUUUGCACUCCAUGGUGCGCACGGACAAGGACCGUUACUUGCCGGCCACUGGGAUGAACAUGGUCUCCUGCUGGUGGCGUCUACGGGUGCCCUUUUCAACUGUCCAGACGAGCCUUCUCAGGGCAUCUGGAACUGUCACCAGUCCAACCUGGCCCAUGUGCCAAUCCAGGAUGGUGCUCUCCGGGGGACAGUUGCGAUUUCCCGACAGCCAGGUCUCAAGAAGGAUGCCUUCUCCAUCCGUGCAGCAGUCACCUUCCCCGGCGAGUCCACAGUCACCAUUUAUGCUCACAGCGGGGAAGCUAGCGAUUCCUGGCUUCCUUCCGGUGAAGUCCGCACGAGAGCCAUUGCGGCCUCUUUGGCCUUUGCACCAUCUGGUGCUGAGCUCCUCCUUGCCUCGCAGGAUGGUGCGGUAGGCCGUUUGCACCUGAGCACCGGUGAGAGACUGCCAGCUGCCGCUCCGUUCGCUGCCGAGCACGGCUGCCACGCGGUGUGUGCGCACGCUGGAGGCAUUGCACGCUUGGCCAAGAGUGAGCCCGAAUCCCCAGCCCUGUUUCUGGGAUGA